GAGAGGAGGGGCAGAAGAUGAUGGGUAAGAGGAGGACCUGUUGCUGUGAUUCUGUGCUCAUGGCGUUGGCCAGAGCAGAGUAGGAGCGCUGCAGUCUCAGGAAGGAGAGAGAGAGAGAGAGAGAGAGAGAGAGAGAGAGAGAGAGAACAGGCGGUGGAGACUCGCAGCAGACAGUGUGGGACAGGGUGGAGGGACAGAGUGGUGGGACAGAGGGACAGAGCGGCUCAGCGCUGCUCCGCUUCACCGGGACUCAGCAGCGGGGAAGAGAAACAGGGAGGGAGAAGAAAGAAAGAGGGGAGAGACGGAGAGGAGCGCAGAUCUCGGUGGAAUAAGUGUGAGAUCAGGAGGGGAGACAUGGAGAGACACACAGUCUUGGAGCAGCUGCUGAACGAGCUCGAGCGCUUCCUCAAAGUCCUGGACCGUGAGAACCUGAGCAGCGAAGCCACGGUGCAGAAGAGCCUGCUGUCAGACCUGCUCAAGUCUUACCUGUCGGCCAACGGUGCAAACUCAGGAUGCGAUGAGGAGUACAUCUACAUGAACAAGGUGAUGGUCAGCGGGCCAAUCCAGGACAAGAAACCCUGUGGCAAGGCAGAGUCGCUGGAUGCUUUGACCAAUGGCCUGCUGGGAAAAUACAUCUCACCCCCUCAGAAGAGCCUGCCAGAGCUGCCCCUGCCGCGGCUGUGUUCGCUGCCCCUGCCAGAGCCCCCCGAGGGCUACUACGAAGAGGCCCAGCCCUACGACACCGCCACCAACGACGACUGCGAGGCGGUGAGCAGCUCGUACGAGUCGUACGACGAAGAGGAGACCACCAAGGGUAAAUCGGCAGCCCAGCAUCAGUGGCCGUCCACGGAAGCGUCCAUCGAGCUCAUGAAGGACUCGCGCAUCUGCGCCUUCCUCUGGAGGAAGAAGUGGCUCGGUCAGUGGGCCAAGCAGCUGUGUGUCGUCCGGGAACAGCGCCUCCUGUGUUACAAGAGCUCCAAGGACCAGACCCCCCAGCUGGAUGUCAGCCUCGUGGGCUGCACUGUGGUCUACAAAGAGAAGCAGGUGAAGAAGAAGGAGCACAGAUUAAAGGUGGUGCCGGUGGGCGCAGAAGCAAUCGUGUUGGGCCUCCAAAGCAAGGAGCAAGCAGAGCAGUGGCUAAAGGUCAUCCAGGAGGUCAGCGGCAAACCUCUGGAACCUUCAGAAGCAUCCCAGUCCUCCUCCGAGUCCCCUCGGCUUGCGUGCCCCAAGGGGGAGCUCAGCGAGCGACACUCUGUAGCAUCUGAGAGCGGCAGCAGCACCGACAGCCAUGCAGAAACCACAGAUGCAAAAGAUGGGAAGAAGCGGUAUGGUGCAGCCCUGAUGCUCAGUAACCUUCUGAACAUCGGCAAAAAGAACCCAUCCUCCUUAGAGAGUCCAGAGAAGCUGGUGGACACAUCUGGUUACCUGAACGUGCUGGUGAACAGCCAGUGGAGAGCUCGUUGGUGUCUCAUCAAGAAUGGGCAGCUGUGGUUCUACCAGGACAAGGCCAAGACCAAAGUGGCCCAGCAGCCCCUGUCCCUGGAGGGCUGCAUGAUCCUGCCCGACCCCAGCCCGGAGCACCUCUACUCGUUCCGCAUCGAGCAGGAUGGCGAACAGCGGGCCACCCUAGAGGCCAAGUCGUCUGCAGACAUGGGCCACUGGCUGGGGCUCCUGCUGUCGCAGACGGGCUCCAAGACCAGUCCCGAGGAGCUCACCUACGACUACGUGGACACCGAGCGCAUCUCCUGCAUAGUCAGCGCAGCCAAGAACUCCAUGUACCUGAUGCAGAGGAGGUUCUCCGAGCCCAACGCCUACACAGACAACCUUCACACGGCUCCCGACGACUCGGACGACAUCUACGACAACGUGGCAAACACAGACCCCGAGCAGGAGGAGACCCAGCAGAGCAGCGGAGAGACGGUCACGGGGGACCAGGACUCGCCCGACCGCAUCUACUUGGACCUGAUCCCCGUGCGCUCGUUCCUUCACAACAACAACGCCUGCAGGAAGUCUCAUCAGCGGUCCCGCGAGCCCAGCCCCAUGGGGAGGGGCACGGAGAAGGAGGAGACGAUGAACCAGAGCGUCUCUCCACCGCCUCCAGAGCCACGGCCCCCACACACCCUCUUGCCCCCCUCACAGGAGCCCAGUGCCCCCCCGACCUCACCGAGACCAGAACCGGAGCCACUGACCAUCGCUGUCCAAGUCCAGUCCCAACUUCCCCCUAGCGAGGAGAACCCAAAGAAACCCUUUCGCAGGUCCCGCAGCCCCCAGCCCAGUAAACCUCUCAGGUCCUGCAAAGGUGGGUCCGAGGGGGCGGAGAGGCCCCGGUCAACGGCUCCAGCUGAGGUCAAGCUGGGCAAGAACCGCACAGAGGCAGAUGUGCUCAAAUUCACCGAGGAGCGAGACCGGCUGGAGAAGGAGAAGGAGCAGGUGCGCAAUACCCUGUCCACGCUACGCGGCCAGAGAAAGGAGCUGAAGGAGGCGCUAGCUACCGCUCAAGACCCUGCCCAGCAUAGCUCUCUGGAGGCUCAGCUCAAGGAGAUGGAGGAGCUGUGUCGUGCGGAGGAGCGGCGCCGGGUAGAUCUGGAACUGCAGCUGGUGGAGGUGAAGGAGAGCCUGAAGAAAGUGGAAGCGGGACCCUUCACACUCGGCACGGCUGUGGACAGCGGCCUCCUGGACACAAACAUCCUGACGUCCACGCUGAAGGUGACCACACCCAGCAGCGCAGCGCCUGCAGCGUCCCCCAGUAACGGGGACAGUUCGCCAGUCAACUCAGCUUCAUCCUUGAAGAACAGACCCCUAUCAACUGUGGUGUCCAGCAAAGGGAAGGUCCUGCAGAAGGCUAAGGAAUGGGAGAAGAAAUCCAUGACCUAGAAGAGACAGGCCUCUCUAUUGAUAAACUGUUUACUUUUGUAACCCGGCGAUGAGAACUGCGCCCCAGUUCUCCUGGGGACCGACAGGAGGCAGGUGGGAAGACUCCGCCCCUCUCUGGCCCCCGACACCACUCGGGGCCCCUACAUUUCUCACCACCUGCUUUUGGGCCUCUAUGAAACCAGCGCCCUCCCCAGACAUUCUUGGGACCAUUCCACUGUUGUAGAAUAUUUCACUUUUAGUGCAGUUUUACUUUUUUAUUAGAAAGGAUUUUUUUUUACUAUUGUAUUUUGGGAACAUUUUAAAUGUUUUUUGGUGCUAUGCACAGUCUGGCAGAAUGGAGAUGUACAGAAGCGUGGUUUUCCAGCAUACCUUCGGUCCGGCGUACGUCAGACAGACGUGGUACAGUUCACGGAGCACUGAGGACACCUAGUUGUCGGCCAGCAGAAAGCUUGUCCUUUGGCAGUUUCGAUGUAAAUACAUAAUACACUCGCGAGAAACGUAAACGUUCCCUUUGACCUAUUAAUGUAAGCCAAUAACUGCAGCACAUGUUAUAGUCUCACCGGUGCCAUCAGGAAAGUGCUCGAGCCUUGUGCUGGUGCAGCUGUGUGUACUGCAGUGUUUCAUCUGCUUUGCUGAAUAAAAUUACUGAACCAUAAA